AUGUCCCUAGCCGCUGCUAUACAAUCAAUUAAAUAUGCUUCCGGAACGAGUAUUCGCGAACAUUUCGCCUCCUCUGCUGGCUGGCUGGCUGACGACUGGGUGGCUGCCUUCCCGACAUUGUUGUCUCACCGCUGCUGUCUCAUCACAUAUCGAUCGUUGCGGACAUCUUUGGCAUAUUGCCAAACGAUCUCUUGCUCUUACAGUUCAUGUUGGUUAGACUGCAACUCUACACUCAUUCCCAGUCGACGAAAUUAUUGA